UGUUUUGAUAACGGCUGAGGAAGUAGCUGUCAUUUGCUCUCGUCUCGCCGAUUUCUCGUCCAAGCAAUAGUUCUCUCGUCAAAACCGAUAGGAAUUAAACGACUAAUGUAACCGUUUCACAGAAAGCCACAAUGGGAUUUACAAUGAGACGCUUCCUUGGUGUUAAACCGUCGAAAGCGCUCCUGUUGUUGCCUUUUCUGUUGACUUUAUUGCUCGUCGGGAGCCAAGGCGAGAGCAAUGCGAUGGACAAUGUCGCAACUGAGAGGAUGGCUGAGGAAAGCCACCGUCAGGACAGUGCCAAUCUACUGAUAUUCAUAAUGCUCCUAACACUCACAAUUUUAACCAUAUGGCUGUUCAAACACCGGCGAUUUAGGUUCCUGCACGAAACAGGACUUGCCAUGAUUUAUGGCCUGCUGGUGGGUGUGAUCCUGCGGUUUGGCGUCCAUGUGCCUCAGAGCAUGAGUGACGUGAUCCUCAGCUGCGCUGUCAACGCCAGUCCUGCUACUCUGCUGGUCAACGUCAGCGGGCGAUUCUACGAGUACACUCUGAAGGGGGAAGUCAGCCGGGGCAAAGGGCACCAAGUGCAGGACGAUGAGAUGCUGAGAAAGGUGACCUUUGACCCAGAAGUGUUUUUCAACAUUCUGCUGCCUCCCAUCAUCUUCCACGCAGGUUACAGUCUGAAAAGGAGACAUUUCUUCAGAAACAUCGGCUCCAUCCUGGCCUAUGCUUUCAUGGGAACAGUUAUAUCCUGCUUUGUCAUUGGGCUGAUCAUGUAUGGCGUUGUGUCCUUCAUGAAAGUUGUGGGCCAGCUUGGGGGAGAUUUUUUCUUUACUGACUGUCUUUUCUUCGGAGCCAUCGUUUCGGCAACAGAUCCAGUGACAGUGCUGGCUAUCUUCAAUGAGCUAAAGGUAGAUGUGGACUUAUAUGCUUUACUCUUUGGGGAGAGUGUCCUCAAUGAUGCUGUGGCCAUCGUCCUCUCUUCCUCCAUUGUGGCGUACCAGCCUGCGGGAGACAACAGCCACAGCUUUGAGGCCAUGGCCUUGUUGAAUUCCUUCGGCAUCUUCCUGGGCGUCUUCAGUGGAUCUUUUGCUCUUGGGGUGGCCACUGGCGUCAUGACCGCUCUCGUGACCAAGUUCACUAAGCUGAGGGACUUCCCAUUGCUGGAGACAGCUCUCUUUUUCCUCAUGUCAUGGAGCACCUUUCUAUUGGCUGAGGCCUGCGGGUUCACAGGCGUUGUGGCUGUGCUGUUCUGUGGGAUCACUCAGGCUCACUACACUUUUAACAAUCUCUCCCCUGACUCUCAGGACAGGACCAAACAGCUGUUUGAGCUGCUAAAUUUCCUGGCAGAGAACUUCAUCUUCUCCUACAUGGGGCUGACUCUCUUCUCCUUCCAGUCACAUGUCUUCAACCCUUUGUUCAUCAUUGGAGCCUUUGUGGCCGUGUUUCUGGGGAGGGCAGCGAACAUCUACCCUUUGUCCUUUCUGCUCAACCUGGGCCGCAAGAACAAGAUCGGAUUUAACUGUCAGCAUGUCAUGAUGUUUGCAGGUCUGCGUGGGGCGAUGACCUUUGCUCUUUCUAUCCGAGACACAGCGACAUACGCGCGCCAGAUGAUGUUUUCCACCACCCUCCUAAUUGUCUUCUUCACUGUGUGGAUCUGUGGAGGGGGCACCACACCUAUGCUGUCCUUCAUGAGCAUACCGGUGGGUGUGGACUCUGAUCAAGACAACUCUAGUUCAGCAGUGUUGGACGGGUCACAGCGGAGGAACACCAAACAUGAGAGCGCCUGGCCCUUCAGGAUCUGGUAUAACUUUGACCACAACUACCUGAAGCCCCUCUUGACCCACAGCGGCCCUCCCCUCACUGCUACUCUGCCUGCUUGUUGUGGGCCGCUGGCACGAUGCCUCACCAGCCCACAGGCCUAUGAGAACGAAGGUCAGCUCCGCGACGACGACUCUGACUUCAUCCUGAACGAUGCCAGCGUGAGCUCCAUGUAUGCCGACGUCACUGUCAGCACGGACGCCUCCGGAUCCCACACCAUCAACCACAAGCGUGCGUCCAGCACCGGGGGCGGCCCACCUGAUGAAGGUAUGGAUCACGAACUCGCAUUGGCAGAACACGAAGUAGCGAUCAGGGGCACACGCCUGGUCCUGCCCAUGGAUGACCCAGUCGAGCCCCCAAUCACAGUCACCCUGCCCCCGCCUCCUUCCCCACCACGCUCCGACCCUCGCAGGCACAGACUGUGAGAAGGCUUGCACUGUCAGGAUACCGUUUGUAGUUUUCAACACAAAUCAUCUAACUUGAUUUCACAAGAAAAUAGCAUCUGUUAGUUGAUUUGUUUGGAUUUGUGACAAACGGCCUUAACAGAUUGAGUCCUAUAAAAGCACCACCUUGCUAAUGGUUUUAAAAAAGUCUCAUCUUUGUGACUUGAGGUGUGCAUUGAUUUAACUACCCAUUAAGAUGGAUUACUAUAAUGUUGAAUAUGAUUGUACUACAUGUAAGCCACCAUUCCAGGAAGCUUAACAAUGAGGCUAUGGUAUUAGUGAGUUUGUUCUACUGUGGUGAUAUGCCAGUGCUGCUCUCUAAAAGUGAAACUCCCUCCAGCUAUGGGGCGAUCCCUCAGCGUUAAAUAUGCAGUUCAUUUUUUUCUCUGUUGUGAAGUUGCUCCUGACAACAGGACUUGUAUUUGUCUACUAUUAAGGUAAGAUGACCUACAAUAACUAACAUUUAGGGCGGCAUGUUUUGCUCUGGUACCACUUAGUAAGGGGUGUUAAAGACCCCUCACACUACAGUUACAUUACUAAUUUUACUCCACAGACUUGUAAGUGUGCGGUUUGUUUGCCUCCCUCUCAAACUGCUUCCACAACAGAGUCAAGCCGCUUCUCCACUAUCUUAAAUUUUAGCACUGCCUGCCUCUUUCUCUUCUUGAUCAGACUUUUUCAUUUAUUUAUUUAAAAAAAAAAAAGAUCAAAAAUACUUUAUUUAUAAAAUUUAUUUUGUUUAUUUAUUAUUUAUUUAUUGUUUUGUAGUGGGAAAUAAGUGAUUUAUCUUUAAAAAUGGGACUGCUUGGUGGUGAAAGGCUGUUAUGCACCUUUUCCUGUCUAAUGUGUGCAUAUUAAAAUAUCUCCUUCCUGUUCUGUAGCAGAUCCUUCUACUUUAUACUUGGAAACUAGAGCUUCCAUUGUGUGUAUUUUACAAUUGUGUGUGUGAUUGUGUGUAGCUGAUGUCAGAAUGAAACUGUCCAAAUCUACUGACGUGGUUAUUAGGGCUACUGUCUGUUUCUGGGUUUUCUGUCAUCAUCUGGUUUAAUUUUCUGUCUAAAAAACCCCAAAACACAACAACAAAAAAAAACAAGUAACUGCCGUGUCUUUGUGAUGUUGAAUCAAAGAUGACUGAGGGCUGGCUGAACUGUUUUGAAUUAAAGUGCCUAUUCAGAAAUUCAAUUACUUAAUGUAGAUUUGUACAUAUUUUGAUUUGCUGAUGUGCAGUAAGAUGAUUCUUGGUUUUUAUAUGACACUAAACCUUUUGAUGCUGUUGAAUACUGUUUUGCCAGCUUAUGUAGGCCAUUAGGUGAUAAUCUGUAAUGUAUUUGUAUUUGAUGUAUUCAAAAGGUGGAGAGCCUAAAAGAACGCAAAUAAAAACACAGUCCUUUCAUUAAGGGGAAAUAACAAGUAUCAUAUAUAUUUUAUCAGAUAUAAUCUUUUUCUGAACAAUGUACCUAUGGAAAAUGUAUACAUGAAUGCAACAAAAACCUGGCAACAUGUUUUUGGCUUUUUAUUUGCCAGUUAGGUCAAGAGAAAGACACUGUUACAGUAGGAUACCACUGACUUUUUUUCUCCUUGUUGGGGAAACCAGCUUGUUGGUUCUGUUCCCACCUCAGUGAGAGAUAUUUUGCACUAAGGCAUCUCCUUAGUUAACUGAGAUCCGUGUCUGUCCUGUUUUCUGCAGAUCAGGUUGGAUAUUUAUUUAAAUUCCCAUGCAUUUCUUUUUCUUUUUACAUUCAAGCAGAAUUCUUUGAGUUUCUACAUAAUCAUCUGGAGAUGUGGGAAUGAGUGAAGUAGCAUUUUGUUCUUUCAGUAACGUACCCUUUGGUUUUCAUUUAUUGUUUAAAUGUAAUUGUAAACCAUUAUAAACACACUUUGUUGUACAAUUACAACAGAUGUAACCACACUUAAAACUACAAAUCAGAACAUGUUUGAUUUAGUUUUUUUACUGUUUGUAGAAACAGUUUAAUGACAGUUGUAUUUGUGAAAGGUACAAUUGCAAUAGGUCUAUAUAGGUGAAUGUUUUUAAAAUGUGAUUUUUUGUUGAUUGGGAAAUAAUCUCAGAUUGAAAAAAAAAAUCUCUGUGUAUUCCUGAAGUUAUUAACAGUGUCUCUUCAGUCAGACAUCUUGCAAAUGUACUAGAAGAAAAUAAAAAACAAUUCUUGAAAUGGA